AUGCUACAACAAGCCGUUGAUCUUGCCGAGGAAUCUGUGAGUCUAUCGGAUGGCUAUUACAGACCUUGGUUCGUCUAUUUCCACUGCGCCUUGGUACAUUGGUCGCGGUUUGAGUCAUGCGGUGAAGUGGACGACAUCGACCGAGCCAUCGAAUGUGCGCAAAAGGCUACCCAGGACCAGAAUUAUGAGAAACGGUGGGACUGUUACCGUCUACUUGCGCAGGUUCUUCUUCUGAGAUAUGAUCGCCUCCACCGCAUACAGGAUUUGAGUGAUUCCUUAUCUGCAGCGUCGGAGGGACAGUCCAAAUGCCGGCCAGGUGACACCAAUGCGCAGGCGAAUAUUCUGUGGAUGGUUGGAAAGGCGUCUUAUGGCAUGUAUCACAAUAUGCCAUCAAUCGAGCUGCUUCACAAAAUCCGUGGAGCGUUUUUGCAAGCAAGUCAGCAAAUGGAAGACAAUCAGGCGUCGAAGGCCCUGGUGUUGAACGAUCUGGGGAAUGUGUAUACCCAACUCUUCCGGCAUGAGGCGAAACCGGACCAACUCCAGAAAGCCAUUGAUGCCUAUAAGGAGGCAUUGUCGAUACUGGAGGCUCUCUCUGGAGAUGAAAAUCAUUCUCACAUAUUUAUGGUGAGUGGUGCACUAGGAUCUGUGAUGUCUGAGCGAUUCAGUCAUUGGCAAUCCGAUGCCGAUAUCGAAUCUUCGAUCCGAUACUAUCGCAUCAGUCUUUCUCAGAUUGACAACCGCAACCCCCGGUUUCGGAUUCGGGCUGCGAAUAUGUGUUAUGCAUUGACACUGCGCUUUCGCCACAAAAAGAACUUGGACGACCUACGAGAGGCUCGACGGCUGGUCAUAUCGGCACUCGAGGGACCAGUCUCAUUGAAUAAUGAACAGAGAGCUGACCUUACCAUGCAUGUGGCGGAUACUUAUCAAGUUGCAUACGAAGUUACUGGCGAUCUAUCCGACCUAAAAGAUGCCAUCAAGUAUUAUGACAAGGCAAAAGCCAUCCAAGGCAGUUUUGGUUCAUCUUCUCAGCGCGGGCUGCGAGAAAUCAACAAAGGAGUCGCUCUUUCAAUCUUUGCUAGUGCCACUCGUGACCUGACUGUGUAUGAGGCACGAGAGAAAGCAUAUCUUGAAGCCUUGAGCAUACUGGAAGAAAGUGACCCCUUCCAUUCCACGGCCGUUCAUAAUUAUGCUCGUCUCAUCUAUGAUAGGUACUCUCAGAAACUGGGAGCUGAUGCUUCACUCAGAGAAGAUGCAAGACGGGCGCUGGAAAAGUAUGAAAGUAUUACCCGCAUGAACGUCUUUCCGGCAUUUUCGCGCAUCAGUGCCGGGUCCAUAGCAGCUAAGAUUGCAAAUGAUGAACUGAAAGACCCUGUGAGAGCCCGAGACAAUAUCCUCAUAAGUCUGGAUCUGCUCCCGGAAGCAAUCCUCAUGCACGAAACUCGACUGAAGCAGCUGCAAUAUAUUCGAAGACAUCAGUAUGUUCCUGGGGUUGUCGCGUCUCUGUCACUCAGCGCGGGAGAUUCUCCAAGUACCGUGAUCCAGCGUCUAGAAACAGGCCGGGCCUUUAUCUGGGAUCGUAUCCAAGGUCGACCAACUCAGCUUGAAGUUCUAGAAGCCGAACAUCCCGAUCUGGCCGCAAAGUUCAAUACAUUGCAACAACGAGUUUUUCAAAAGUCUCGUUCUUCUAGUCAACUGAAUAGAAUGGAUUUGGCAUCUGUCUCGUUGCAUGACGAAACUCGAAUGCAGAGCCAUUACGAUGCAGAUGCAUAUCGCCGUGUUCUUGAAGAAAUCAGAACUCUGCCUGGGUUUAGCUCAUUCCUGAAGAUUCCAGAUUCCCCGGCCGAUAUUCAAGCCUGCGCCACAGAUUCUCCCAUUAUCUUCAUCAACGCGACCAAGUACCGAAGCGAUGCUAUUGUGAUUACUAAAGACGAAGUCUGCCACAUACCUCUCCCAUCUUUCGGUCAGGAGGAGAUAAUGCCCGCGAUAAGGCGGUUCAGAACCGCUUUGUAUUACUUUGGAAGCGCAGAAAAUCAUACCCAAGCACUAUAUGAAUACGAAAUCGUGAUGAAAAUGCUCUGGGAAACAGCUGCAAAGCCAGUGCUGAGCGGGAUUGACUGGAGCAAGUACAAGUGCGGUCCCUCAGGGAAGCCCAGAGUCAUCUGGGUGUCAACUGGAUGGAUUAGCAUCUUGCCAAUCCACGCAGCAGGGGAUUUCACGACUUCAAAUUCGACUUCCGAGGGUAUAAGGAGGCAGAAUGAACCGAGAUGCGUCCACGACAUCGCCGUGUCGUCAUACACAAACUCCCUCAAGUCUUUGUCAUUCAUCAAACAGGUCACAGAGAUCCGCAAGAAAUCACAACCAAGCCAAAAGCCCAAACAGCAAGCGCUCGUGAUAGCCAUGGCAACAACCCCCGGUUUUGGCCCAGACGGCAAUCUAGACGUCCAGCCCGAGACCACCGCAAUUGAAAAUAUGCUUUCGCCGAACUUCGAAACAAACAUUCUCAUGCAACCCGACUCGACAGCAAUGAAGAAGAACAUCCACCCUGAAACCACCAUCCUCCACUUUGCCUGUCACGCUCGCGCCGAUGAAAGCGACCCCUCCCGAAGUGCCAUCAUGCUACAAGAUAAUCAGAAGAUGCCUCCUCCAUUCUCCGUGAGGACACUCCUCAACCUGAACCUGCGAAGCUGUGAACUCGUCUACCUAUCUGCGUGUGAGUCGGGCGUAAGCAAAGAUCCGAAGCUACGAGACGAAGGCAUUCAUAUUGCAGGUGGUUUUCAUAUCGCGGGUGUUUCGCAUGUGAUAUCUACAUGGUGGAAGGUUUCGGAUAGUAUCUCUGCAGAGCUGGCCGGGCUAUUCUAUGAGCGUUUGAAUGGUUCUGCGUCGACAUCUGCGUCUGGGUUCGAUAUGGCUACUGCGCCGGAUGCGCUUUAUGAUGCCGUAAAGGAGAUGAGAAAGAGGAGUGUUCACCCUAUGUUUUGGGGAGCCUUCAUUCAUUCCGGCCCUUAG